AAACCGGAGUUAAUCCAGGACAGAGUAUGUUGUAAUGCACAUGUUCGCGUAUAUAAAAAGAAGCAUGCCCUCUACUCAAGCAUUCAUAUUCAAUGAUCAAUCAAUUAAAUUACUACAAAAUGUCCCAAUCACUCAGCCGCUACCGCCAACUCGCCCCGACGGCCUCCGUCCGGGUCUCCCCACUAUGCCUCGGAACCAUGACCUUCGGCACAGCCAACAGCGAGCGCUAUGGCGAAUGCAGCAAAGAAUCCGCCUUCGAUAUCCUAGACUACUUCUACAGCCAAGGUGGCAACUUCAUCGACACCGCCAACACCUACCGAGAGGAGCAGUCGGAGAUCUGGCUGGGCGAAUGGAUCGCGUCGAGGAAGAACCGUGAUGAAAUGGUUAUUGCGACGAAGUAUACGACGGGGUAUCAAAAUCAUCAUAAGGGGAAGAUACAGGCGAACUAUGGUGGGAAUGGGAUGAAGUCGAUGCGUGUUUCUGUUGAGGAUUCAUUGCGCAAGUUGCAGACAGACUAUAUUGAUUUGUUUUAUGUACAUUGGUGGGAUUAUACGGUUUCGAUUCCUGAGGUUAUGCAUGGUCUGAAUGAUCUUGUGACUUCGGGUAAGGUGCUGUAUUUGGGUAUCUCGGAUGCUCCGGCGUGGGUGGUUUCGAAAGCCAACCAGUACGCCCGCGACCAUGGUUUGCGACAGUUUGUUGUGUACCAGGGAAUGUGGAACGCUGCUAUGCGUGACUUCGAACGAGAUAUCAUCCCGAUGUGUCGUGAUGAGGGAAUGGGUCUCUGCCCGUACGGUGUUCUGAACCAGGGACGCUUCCAGACCGAGCAAGGAUUCAAGGAGCGCGAGGUGAAGAACGAUGGACGAAACUUCAUACCACUUUCUGAGCAUGAUCGAAAUGUUUCCCGCGUUUUGGAGGAUGUGUCUAAGGCCAAAGGUGUGGAACUCCUUCAAGUUGCCUUGGCGUACGUUUUCCAGAAAACGCCAUACGUCUUUCCCAUCGUCGGUGCUCGGAAGGUCGACCACAUCCGUGGUGUUGCGCCUGCAGCUGGAAUAUCCUUGUCGGAGGAAGAGGAGCAGAAGAUCGAGUCUGCUUAUGAAUUUGAUCCUGGCUUCCCGCACACUUUCCUCAGUGGUACAUUGUUCAGUAACGAACCUCCUAAGGGUGCGUAUGGACCGGGUGACGUGUGGUUGACCAAGGCUCUGGGAUCUUUUGACUGGGUUGAGUCUUCGAAUUCGAUUACCUCGCAGAAAUAAACAUAAAACGUGAGAAUUUUAAAUAGCUAUUGAUGAAGGUGAAAGUCCUAGUUGAGCAAUAUAUCACCUAUCACGAAUGGAAACCCAUAAUCCAGCAAUAGCAAUAAUGUUGUCCAC